AUGAUUUUAAAGGCAGGUGAUUUGUUCAAAAAGCAUCCGGCUUUAGUAAUGGCAAUAAGACGACCAGGUUGUAUACUCUGCCGGCAGGAAGCAGCCAGCUUAUCGACUUUGAAACCAAUCCUUGAUAAAUCUGGAAUUUGCUUAUACGGUGUUAUUCAUGAAAUAGAAGGUGUUGAGGGUUUUAAACCGUAUUUUACAGGAGAAAUCUACUAUGAUGAAGAAAAACGUUUCUAUGGUCCAAAAGAACGCUGGUUACCACUAUGGAUAGGUUUCUUACGACCAUCUCUCUAUUUCAGAUAUCAGAAUGCCAAAAAAAAGGGAGUAAUUGGUAAUAUAGAAGGUGAAGGUCGACUUCUUGGAGGGAUCUUCUUGAUUCAUAAAGAUCGCUUAGCUUAUGCUCACUUUGAAGAAGACUGGGGAGAUGCUGCUGAUUUGGAUGAAGUACUUAAAGCUAUAGAAGAGUAUAAAAAGAAUGUUAAUGGAUAUAUUUGCAAGUGA